AGAAUAGACGGAAUUAAAUUAAAAUUCGUUCCAGAAUCCCUAAAUUUCCUUCAUGGAAGGAGGGGGAGACGGCGGCGAUUUGUUGAAGCAGGAAGGCAGAGGCGGCGAGUCAACGGCGGCGAGUCUGGACGGAAUGGAAGCUAUCCUUAAGUACGAAUUUCGAGACAAGAGAUUGCUGGAGGAGGCUUUCACAGACGCGUCGUAUUCGCCGGAAAAUUGCUCGUCGUUCGAGCGAUUGGAGUACGUAGGCGAUUCGGUGUUGAAUUUUCUAAUAACCAGAGAGCAAUACUUCUCGAAUCCUAAUCUGUCGCCCGGUACACUGACUCGUCUCCGAGCGGCGAAUGUGGACACCGAAAAGCUGGCUCGUGUUGCGAUUACACAUGGAUUUCAUCGGUAUCUUCGCCACAACAAGGCUGAUCUUGAUCAGAAAAUAGAAGAGUUUAGUAAGAAUAUAGAGGAGUACCCAUUGCAUUCGAACGGACUGAUUAAAGCUCCAAAGAUUCUAGCGGACAUAGUUGAAUCGUGCAUCGGAGCAGUUUUCACAGAUAGUAACUCGAUCGACACAGUUUGGACGAUAUUCAAGGGUCUAAUGGAGCCAUUGAUAACAUUGAAGACCAUGAAAAGGCACCCGAUGACUGAGCUGACUGAAAUGUGUCAAAAAAGGAACCUGAAGUGGGAAUUCGUGGACUUGUGGGAAGAAAGAAAGGAGAUCCACGUUUUGAUAGACAAGCAGCUGGUUGGAAAAGGAAGCUAUGGGAAGAAGCUCAUUGCACAAAAUCGAGCUGCAAAAGAUGCUUUGGAUAACUUCCACACAAUUCUUGGCCAAUUUAAUGAACCUUGUCAACCUAUGUAAUCUAUUCCUAAUUAUAAUUACUCCCCCUUUCUU